AGUAUAAAGCAAUUGUCUUUUUUAAUGAAAUUUUCACAAAGACUUGAUAAUUGAUUGAAAUUAUUAAUGCAAAAUAUUUUUCAAACGUUUUUUUGAGUAUAUUAUUGAAUAUAUUAUAUUAUUAAACACGUGAUUUUCAUAAAGAAACCAACACAAAAAAUAGGUAUCAAGAUUAAAUCAAUGGUGAAAAGGAAUAACAUAUAAAAUAUUUGUUGUAAACGUAGUGGAAACACCCCUGAUACGCAAGGAGUUUGUUUCGUACGCUUUGGAAGGGAUUUUUUCCGGCCAAAUUAACCGCAGCACAUACUGCGUGUGUGUGCGUGUGUUCAUUCGAAGAAGCAAAAAAUAUGCAACAAGAAUCCGGAGAAGAUAGCUGGUAUGAGGAACAGUGCCAUCGUGAAAUAAACGCCCAAAACGACGAAAUUGAACGCGAAUAUGUACGACAUCGUGAUAGUUCCUUAAGUCAAGUGUGGAGUGCAUUUCAGGACUCUGCCACGGCAGUAGCUCAUCUGUACAGAGAACGUUCUUCGAAUAUUUAUCCUGACACCGGUGCUUUAUGGCUUCCAUUUCAAACCGCCGCCGGAACGGUAACGACGCUCUAUAAAGAAUCCUGUGAGGGUGUUAAACGCACCGGCGAUGCAGCUAUACAAUGCGGCUAUCAGAGACGUACACGUGAAUUAGCCGAGUGGGCCCGUAGUAAAAAGCGGCGUAUGAUCCGACGUGAAGACUUAUUAGCUUAUUUAGCUGGCAAACCAUUGCCGCCACUUACUACCAGUCAUAACAAUCGUCGGUCUCCCAAGCCAGAGCAAUCACUUAGUCAUGGCAGUAAUCCCAAUUCCAUGUUUACUACUUCGUUUAAUUCGCACAAUUCAUUGACUCAACAUAGUCAUAAUCAUUCAAUGCAUCAUCAUCAUACAGGCGCUCAAAAUACAGCAAAUGAACAUUUAAAUGACUUGCAUACCUUUAAGGAGGCUUUAGUCCUCAGACCAAGAGGUCCCGAACUGUUCGCUUUUGUGGCCAACGAAAUCGCUCGUCAUUGUAAACGUCCGGCUAGUCCUAUUGAUGAUAAAAUGGACGUUUGUCAUUAUAGUAGUAAACGACAACGUUUCAUGUAGAAUUUUAAUAAUUAAAUUCUCAACUAAAACUCAUUGACUAAAUAUCGAUAAAUUAAACUCCACCUAAGUAUCUAAAAACAAAAUGAUUAGUUAAUUGUAAUACAUUAAAACAACUACAAUGACAACAACAAUGUAUAACAGAUUACGUGGUUUAUGUUUGAGUAAAUGUUUAUCCAAAAACUUGUACUCAAAUUUCCUUUUCUUUGUUUUUCUUUUUCUUUCCUCCGUCUUAUCAAUCAUCAUGUUGAAAUUGUUGAGUGAAAAAAAAAAAAAAAAAAUUAAAUUAAAUGAAAAUACAUUACAUGAAUAAUCACCUCCUUAGAAUAGCCGUAACUUUCUAUUGUCAUCAUUAUUGGCAGAAAGCCUACCUUGAUUAUUAUUAUUAUUCUUAUUUUUAUUAUUAUUACUAUUAUUGUCAUGUUUUAUUUUUUUUUGCAUUAUUUUCUUUAUUUAAAUUUAUUCUUCGUUUCGUUUUCAUUUUCAUGUUAUUAUUGUUUCAAAUAACCUUUCGUAAGCUCAUUUCGAUAAUUUAUAUUUAUUCUUUGGUUGUAUAUAAAUUGGAAUUUAAAAUUAUAUAUAUAUAUAUUAUUUUUUUAUUGCUUUAUAAACCAAUCGUCGUGUUUACGCAAUAUUCAUCAAUAUUUUAUAUUGUUUAUAACUUGUCACGUCGGUGUGUACGUGCGUAUGUAUAUAACCACAUACAUUAU